GGACUUACUGUGGGGCUGAUGGUUACCAGCACAUCUGUCCCUUUCUCCUCUUUCCUUUCUUCCUCCUCUCCUUCUCCUCUACUCUUCUUCCUCCUUCGUUCCUUCAACCGACACUCUGCAACACCUUGUCUUCGACUCCACUGCCGACCUAUCUUGAUUAGUGGCCAACAGAGUAACGCAGCGUACCUGACACUGUCUCAGAUAAAUAAAGUAGAAUCACUACUUUCCAGCCAUGGCCACCAACGUACUUGACUCUCUUGGUGUGGCAACACUGAGCAACCAUUGGACAACACUCUUGGCCUCUGCCCUUGUCUGCAAUAUCAUUGUGCAGCUUUCAGGGCUGAUCAGCCCGAUGCUAUUCCCAGGCACAUAUCCCAAGCUACAGGGGGCCAAGAAACUGAACUGGGAUGUUCAUGUGGUGUCUUCUGUCCAUGCGAUCACCAUCGUCCUACUAUCGGCCCCAUUGCUAUGGAACGAGACGUUGAUAAAGAACAAGGUCUUUGGAUACGACUUUUACGCUGGCCAGGUCUAUGCAGUUGCAUGCGGAUACUUCCUCUGGGACACGCUCCACAGCAUCCGCUACAUGAAGGAGUUUGGUAUUGGAUUUGUCUUUCAUGGAAUCUGCUCAUUCGGCGUCUUUAUCUUCAGCUUCAGACCGUUCCUGCAGUACUAUGGGAGUGUCUUUUUGAUGUUUGAGUUGAGUACACCGUUCCUCAAUAUUCACUGGUUCAUGGAUAAGUUGAGCAUGACAGGAAGCAUAUACCAGCUCAUCAACGGUAUUAUCCUGCUGGCAGUUUUCUUUAGCGCCAGGAUCGUCUUUGGCCUGUACAUGUCCUAUCAUGCCUAUGUCAGCGUGAUGGAUGUUCUGCAUCAGGUCCCUUGGCACCUAAUCAUAAUUUACUCGGCAGCAAACGUGGUCCUAAACAGCCUGAACUUGUUCUGGUUCUACAAGAUGAUCGAGUCGCUUAUGAAGCGAUUUAAGCCAAGUAAGGCUGACGUUAAGAAGGCGAGAGCAACCAAGGCUAAACGUGUAGAGUAAUUUGUCGCGUCUGAGUGCCUAGGGAACAAUUGUGUCUUUAUUUAACAUCCGUCAUUACGACGCGUACCAAGCGUACACUACAAUUUAUGUUCGAUCUGCAACGUUGGUUAAAAUAAAUCGAUGUAUAAUCCUAUAGUUGAACUGUUAGUAGAGUCCGCGACGCAAAACAAUGGGCCAGCGAUAGUACACUCAUAGUUUCAGUCUAGCCCAAAGCUGGC